GCACGCGGGAGCGUGUGGUAGCCGAGCCAAGGAACACGAGUUCUUAGGUGGGGAGGAGACACCGAUCGUGCAUGCCACCGACCACAGUUUCGAAGCAACCUCCGUCAUGAUCGCGUCAGCUGGCCUCUAGUCGCCCCACCUCUACGGAAACGAGAGUCGUCCGCGCGCGUGUUGCGACUCGCUCGCGCGAGUGCACAGUUCCCGUCCGUUCCUCUAAUCGCAGCGUAGCGAGAUAGAUCCCCGGCCGCGAGUUGCCGAGCGCGAGAGAGGAAUCCGGUUCCUCGCGAUCGCGAGAGGAACGAUCGAUAACGCUCGGGAAAAACCGCCGGCAGAGCACAGUAGCUCCCUUUGUUCCGUUGUCCUCGAUCCCAGCCUCCGAUGAACGCGGCUGCUGCCCGCAGGAUCGGCACCAAGCGAGAUCCACGGGGCCCGAUGUGAAAGUUCGAAAGUAUCGGCGGAUCGAAGAGGAUCCAGAUCGACGCGGAUGGAAGUGUGCAACGGGUAAACGGGUGCGUCGCGAACGAUGUGAGGAAGAGGAUCCACCGGCGAGGAAAUCGAACGCGCAUCGAUCCGCGACCCCUUUGUCCCGAGGAUCUCGCUGGGCCCCACGAUGACCGCCAGGAGGAGAGUGUUCAGCGCCCUGGACGGGCUCAAGUGUGAUCGUGCGGUCUCAUGCUUAGUGUUCGCCGUGUGGUGUCUAGUAGUUCUGGCUGGUAACGCCGAGAGUGCACCGCCCGGGAUAUGCGCGAUGGACGGGUGCAACUGCACCGUCAAGGCACACCGUUGGAUUAACGUCAAGUGUGUCUUCUCCAAUGAUCAGGACGUGGAAUUACUGGAGGGUAUCAUUCCGCCGGACGCGAUGGAGGUGGAGGUUUCCCACUGCAGGGAGUUGAGGAUCCAGUCGGGUGCGUUCGCGGACGGCGCGCCCUUGAAACGGGUCCACGUGUCAGGCAUUUACAGCUUGGUGGCGAAGAGGCAGGCCUUCCAGAACCUGAGCGCGCCGAACACGCAUCUCGAGGUGUCCGAGUGCAACAGCGUGAUCCUGGAGAGCCACGCGUUCAGGAAUUCCCGCGGGACGCUGAGCGUCUCGAUAUCCAGGUGCAGACACGUCGGGAUCAAGCCGAACGCGUUCUCAAGGCUGCUCUGGAUCGCGGUCAGGGAGGUGCCCGAACUGGAGCUGUCCAGCAACGCGUUCAAGCUCGAAGCUUCUCAACACGGCAGGCAUGGACCAGCGACUAAGAUUAUGUUCCAAAGCGUGAGAAUCACGGAGCUGCCCACCGCGGUCUUUCCGUCUGCGAUCGCGGAGGUCCGCAUGGACGACAUCUCGACCAAGGUGAUCCGCAAGGACGCGUUCUGCGCCAUGACGAUCUUCACCGUCACCAUCAGCAACGCGUCCAUCUUGGAGAUCGAGGCCGGCGCGUUCAGCGACAGGGCCCUAAUUCAGAGUCUCGAGUUCGUUGAUGUUCGGUUGAAGAACAUUGAACGGGGCGCAUUCAGAGCCGGCCACGACAAUCUCACCAUUCAAUACUCAAGGCUCUCCGAAGUGGAGACCGGCGCCAUAGACAUAUCCGCGGCGACGGUCAGCUUCAACAACAACGAGUUCCAGAACCUGCACCAGGGCGCGAUCAUUCUGCACCAGUGGAACCACAUAGCGAUCGACUACAACUUGUUCGUGGACCUGGAACCGGACGCGAUCACGGCGGAGGUCGACGCGACGUCGGCGCCGAACUUCGAGUUCUCGUUCACAGGGAACCACAUACAAAAGGCGCGGCCCGGUUCCCUGAAAUUCGCCGCGAUCUCUCAGCGGGUGAACAAGGCUCGCGUGGGCAACAACUACUUCAAGGAGAAGUGCAACUGCAACCUGGAGACGUGGAUCCGCGAGGUGACCGGCAAGAACAGUUCGGUCUCGUGGAUGAUGGACUCCAGUUACUGCGUGGUGGACCAGCUGCUGGACAGGUGUUUCAACCUGCCGCAGGGCUACAUGUCGAUGAGGAACUUCACGAAGGUGAUCUGCAUGCCCGGCGACCAUAUAUUCUGCGAGAAACCGUCGGCGAAGCCCGAGCCGAGCGUCAGCCCGCCCAGCGUCGGUCCCCACGUCUACCCGCGACACAAAGGUUACUUCGACAUCGAGCUGAGCGACUCGGAGCAGCUGCAACGAGAGAAAAGGAUCAUCGUGGUGAUCUGCGUGGUCGCGGUGUUCAUCGUGCUGAUAGUGAUCCUGGCGUCCGGAAUGCUGUACAUGCGCCGGAACGGUGUAUGCCCGAAGCUGACGUCCGGCCACCUGAUCAACCUCGCCAGCUGGUUGUCGCCCAGCAGCGGGAUGACGGCCGCGACGUCGGCCCGGUCGAUAUCCAGGUUGAGCGUGCACGAGUACGCGGGUCUUCAGCCGGAGACGAGGAUUCUAGAGGUGGAGACGCAGCCGGAGGCGACGGAGGACGAGGAAGAGGAGGCCGAAGGACUGUACCCGUAUACCGAGAACAAAGCCACGCAGACCCUGCCGGAGGAGCUGACGGAGGAGUACCUGAGGGAUCUCAGAGAGCGGCUGAACGAUCCUGAUAAUUACAACCAAGCCAGAGACAUGAUAGAGCACCUGUACGAUCUGAUCAAGGUGGAGGAGAGUUGCAACAACAACAACAACAACGACAGGCAGCCAAGGGGCAGGGAGGAGAACGCGUACGACGUGAUCCGACCGAAGCAGAGGAAACGAGGGCCUCCGAAGCCGUCGGUCAGCGUGGGCACCAGGACGCCGUCCUUGGAGAAGCUGAUGCCGAGCGGCAUCCAACCCAGGCCGCCCUUGACCGAGUACACGGAGCCCAGGGACCAAAGGGCCCCCGAACAGAACCAUUUGUACGCGGAACUGCCGGGUGACGAGACCGUCCCCAGCACCAGCAGACUGUCCCAGCCUAUCCUAGCGACUCUGGCAGGCAGAGCACCGCAACCACUGCCUCCGGAUGUCGUGAACGAUCACCUGAUCAACGUCCACGCGAGCCAGCCGUUCGACAACCCGAAGACUGAGAACCACAGGCCACCGGACAGCCCGAAAUUCGACUCGAACAGAAACCAGGGCAGACCCAUGAGCUUCCUGAAGGCUCUCGGCGAGAGCAUCCUCGGGGGCGCGAAGACCGGGAACAGCAAGAGGCCGAACUCGUUGCUCUGCGAGUACGCGGAGCCGUCCGACGCGACCGCUCACCUGUACUCGGAGCUACCUGAACCGCAAACCUCGAGCCCGGCCGGCAAGAUGGCGAACAGGCCGCUACCCACCAAACCCGACCAAGAUUCCGUGAACGUGGCGAGGGCAUAACGACGCCCGUCGUCGACUGUCUGUGAUAUAAGCGUGCGCGAAGUCGCGAACUGAAGAGAUCGUAUUCUCGCCCUAUUUUCCUUGAUCAGUGCUCGGGGCGACCGGCGACCGGGCGCACACUGCCGUGGAUGAAUUAUCGUUACUCGAGAGAGAGAGAGAGAGAGAGAGAGAGAGAGAGAGACCGGCUCGGCUGUUACGGGACUAUUUUGUAAGCUUUGUAUAAAGAUAGGGAAAUUAUGGCGCGAGGCGGACGCUCGGCCGGGUCUCUAUGGUUGGUCUUCGAACUCGCAGCGAAGUCCUUAUUUAACCUUUUAGGUACGGCUGAAUUCUGCGCGAGGCUAUUUCUCUGGACGGCAGAGUCUGAUGUGUACUGUA